AUGCUGCAUAUGCUCCGAUCAGGUGUCACUGUGGAUGAUGACAUCAUCCAGAUAAACUUUGUUUUCCUCUUCAAUAUAGUUCGAAUUCUUAUGACCAAACUAAGAGCUUCAACCACAUCAGAAACAAUACAGUACAGAAAAGCCGUGAAAGCAACACUAGUCUUGCUACCUCUGCUCGGCAUCACCUACAUGCUCUUCUUUGUGAAUCCGGGGGAGGAUGACAUCUCGCAAAUUGUGUUCAUCUAUUUCAACUCCUUUCUACAGUCUUUUCAGGGGUUCUUUGUGUCAGUGUUUUACUGCUUUCUAAACGGAGAGGUUCGCUCAGCAGUAAGAAAACGGUGGCACCGCUGGCAGGACAACCACGCUCUUCGAGUUCGAGUGGCACGAGCCAUGUCUAUCCCGACCUCUCCGACCAGGAUCAGCUUCCACAGCAUCAAACAGACCACAGCCGUGUGACCACAGAAACACACAAUCUCCAUACUGAUUCCUCCAGCAAGGUCGCUGUUUGUCCGGUAUGACUAAGGAGUCAUGCGAUUUAUUUUGCCUGGUGACAAAAGUUCAUUUUAACUGCACAAAAAUGACAUGAAGUUCUCGUUAUAAGGUACCGUUCGGGACGUAGACGGGCUGGGUUUUUUCGAAACAACGAAAUGGUUCAAUGGUCACAUUACAUCAGGUUUGACCCUAUAAUUUUAGUGUUGUUACUGGUUAUGAGUACUUGAAAUUUGACUGACCAUGACGCAUUCAUAUGUUGCCAAAACUGCCAUUUGUAUCUAUUAUGAUAAAAAUGCUAAACUGCUCUUUGAAUUACCUGCUCUUUAUCAGCAGCUUAAUUUGACAGAAAGAAGCUUUUUGGUAAGGAAGAAAACAGAAAACAGCACAGAGUAAAAACAAAAUAAUAAAAAAUGAGUCAUAACACUCUGAAGUGAAAACAAUUUAACGUACAGUCAUCAACUGCUUUUUUUAAACUAAAACACAAUCUCAACACAUGAUGUUUUGGUUAAUGUGAGAUGUGGCUAUUUUAUACAAACAAGCCAUUGUUAAGAAGCUUUUAUAAUGUGUCUUUUUUUAAAAUCAUUUUUCUUCUUUCUUUUUUACAUCUUUCUUACUGUUGUAAACAUUGGUAAAUACUUUUUUCCCCUCUUUGUUCUGAGGAUUUGAUUUUACAACUAUUUUUAUU